GCAAAGGUCACCGUGACCCGGACCGCGUCAGCCUGUAGGAUAGUGGGGACAGCAUGCAACGUCUGAGCUGGAACUGUAAGCUGUUUUCAGAAUGAUCUGUGGAGGUGACGCAAAGGUUGAGGAUAUCUCACCAAUUCUUGACGUCCAUAAAAUCAUCCAGGACUGGGCAUGGGGUGAAUUCAUAAAGAGUGCAGGCCGUUUGAGAAGGCCUUUCAUCAGAAGAAAACACUUCACUGUUGACGUCCAAAUGAACUUCUAUCAGUUUGAAGAUUCGAAAGCUGAGCUUAAAGACGUGGAUGUUGGAGCUGAGUCAAAUCCAUUUUCCAAGGAAGGAGAACAUAUGCCCAAUACAUCCAUACUCUCCACGGACUACCAUAACGACACUGAUAUGGACCAGGUAUACAAGUUCAGAAUGGAACGGGCAAGAAAGGCGAGUGUAAAGGUGACUUUCCAGAAGGGAUUUACAAUUGGUGGAACGGCAAACUUCUCCAUUGGUGUUGUUAAUGGUAAACUUGAGACGACACUCAACGUAACCAAAACUACCGAGCAGACAUUUGAGGAAACAUUGACGUUUGAAACCAAUAGUGAUAUCAACGUCAAAGCCAACACCAACUGCGUGGCCCAGGUUGUCUUCACGGAGAGGGAGAUGUGCAAAAGGUUCACAGUUGAGACCACCAUGAGAAUGCCAUCAGGCAAAGCCCCAGUGUACAUAAGAAGGAAGAAGGACAAGAAGGUAAUGAUGUCGUUCAAGAUUCAGGAUCUAAGACUCAUUUUUCACAAGUAUAAGGAGGAGAAGGAUCCGGAUAGGAGAGUGGACUUUGUGAGGGAGACAAUUAUGUUGAACGGGAAAGAGUACAACAACUAUGCGAUCAAGCUGACAACGAGGGGGGUCCUUGAAGGAAUGAGGCUGUCGGGUCAGACUGUGAGGCUUUAUUCAGAGGAUAUAGAACGUAACGGUAAACGAAAGAAACAGACUGAUAAUGAAGUUCUAGAGGAGCACAUGACUCGACAAAUACAAAGUGUAAAAAUGUAAAUUACUGUCAACAUUAUGAAGUGAAGUUCAGGCGUUUUCUAGGCGUGCCAGCUUUUUGCUGAUUGAACACCUCAGUUUCAGGAAGAAAAAUUG